UGAGCUAUUGGGAAGACCAGAUACUCCAGCUCACUAGAUUUUUUCUCCAUAUUUAGCAGACAAUGGUUUAAUUCCAGCUCACUAGAUUUUUUCUCUAUUUAGCAGACAAUGGUGUAAACAAAUUUUAGUUGCUGAGGAGAUUGUUUUAAAUUUUGAAAUAAUUGAAUAAAUCAUGGAUAACUUAGAAGCAAACAUUAUGGAUAAGUCCAUGAGAUCUGUCUUUGUGGGAAAUAUUCCCUAUGAGGCCACAGAAGAGAAGCUCAAAGAUAUAUUUGGUGAAGUUGGCCAAGUCUUAUCAUUCAAACUUGUAUUUGAUCGGGAAACAGGGAAGCCAAAAGGUUAUGGCUUCUGUGAAUACCGAGACCAAGAAACCGCCCUGAGUGCCAUGAGAAACUUGAAUGGAUAUGAGAUAGGGGGACGUAAUCUGAGAGUGGACAAUGCUUGUACUGAGAAAUCCAGAAUGGAAAUGCAAAAUCUGCUCAAUCAACCUCCUGUUGAAAAUCCCUAUGGGGAACCAAUCCAAGCUGAAAAAGCUCCUGAAGCCAUCAGCAAAGCUGUGGCUUCGCUUCCACCAGAACAGAUGUUUGAGCUCAUGAAGCAAAUGAAGACAACAAUUCAGAACAAUCCAACAGAAGCGAGGCAGAUGCUUCUUCAAAAUCCACAAUUGGCAUAUGCCCUUCUACAAGCCCAAGUAGUAAUGAAAAUUAUUGAUCCUCAUACUGCUGCUAGUUUGUUACAUCCAGUUAAUCAGGUCCCAGCAACUUUGAUGCCAGGUGAUAAAAAUGUACCAGUUCAAGUCCCUAUAAACAAUCAAUACAGGGAACCUCCAGCACCAGUUCAACCACCCAGGCAGGAAUUCCAACCUGUACCACCUCCCAUUAUGCUUCCUGUAGCUCAACCAGUCUUUGCAAGCCAAGAUAUUGAUCUCAGAUCAUUAGGAGGUGCCCCAGAUCCUAGAAUGAUAGGCAACAGAAUGAAUGUGGGAGAUCAAGACAUGAGGCAGAUCUUAGGAUCCAUAACAAAUCCCCUGCCACCAACAGUUGCAGAAAGUUUCCCUAGAGACCCAAGAGCAAUACCAUCUGCAUUUCCCAAUGAUCCACGACAAUCACGUAUUGAUCCAAGGCAAAAAUCUGCUGUCCCGCCUCCUGUUCAGAUUCCUACACAGGCUGUCAGACCGCCAAUGCAGCCUCAAUUAAUUCCCACCACUCAACGCCCCCCUGUGCAGAUCCCUCUGAAUCCUGUAUCUAUGCCAACUACUGCAGCUACUUCGGGGGCCUCCGAUCAAGAAAAGGCUGCGCUGAUUAUGCAAGUUUUGCAGUUAUCUGAUGAACAGAUUGCCAUGUUACCUCCAGAGCAGAGAAACAGUAUUUUGGUUUUGAAAGAACAGAUUGCCAAGAGUGCGCAACGUACAUAAUUCAAAAUUAUUGUUGUAUCUUCUCAGUUUGUAAUAAACAUACCUAUUGUAAUAAAUUGUGAAAAACGAAUUAUGUGUAUGAUUUGUUCAUAUAAAAUGUUUGUUU